UGGCUGUCAUGUGAUGCGGUCGGUCAUGUGACCUGUCAGUUCAACAUGGCGGCUGCUGCGUCUGUUUUCCACAGAGUGAGAACUGGCUCUAAAAUAGGAGCUCAGUAUGACCAAGACGGAAACCCCAUCCAGGUGGAGACCCGAGAGGAUGAGGAGCAGAGCGUCAAGCUGGCGGAGAUCCUGGAGCUCCUGCUGGCAGCUGGAUACUUCAGAGCUCGGAUUAAAGGGUUGUCACCUUUCGAUAAGGUUGUCGGUGGUAUGACCUGGUGCAUCACAACGUGUAACUUUGACAUCGAUGUGGAUCUUCUUUUCCAGGAAAACUCAACCAUUGGCCAAAAAAUAGCUCUGACGGAGAAAAUAGUGUCUGUGCUGCCAAAGAUGAAGUGUCCUCACCGCCUGGAGCCCCAUCAAAUCCAAGGGCUCGACUUUAUCCACAUUUUUCCAGUGAUACAGUGGCUGGUGAAGCGAGCCAUAGAGACCAGGGAAGAGAUGGGCGACUAUGUGAGAGCCUACUCCAUUUCUCAGUUCCAGAAGACCCACAGCCUCCCAGAGGAUGAAGAGUUCCUCCAGAGGAAAGACAAGGCUGUGACAGCAGUACUGGAUGUAUUGGAAGUGUACAAACCCCAGAGGAAGUACAGGAGGCAGAGGGAUGCAGGGGAGCUGCUGGAUGAGGAGUCCAGGGUUCACUCCACUCUGCUGGAAUAUGGCAGAAUGUCACAUUUCCUCCUGCGUUAUGGAUUCAGCAAACAAGCCAAACAAGACCAGGUGGAUGAGAAGAAGGCUUCGCUGGCCAAUGGCUCUCAGCCGGCGCCCCCUGGGAUGGCAGAGGUGUCAGAGGAAGCCGACCUGCAGGCAGCGGAGGAGAUGCGAAUCAAAACCCUGAUGACCAGCAUGGCCGCCAUGGCAAAUGAAGAGGGGAAGCUGACAGCGAGCGCAGUGGGUCAGAUAGUGGGACUGCAGUCUGAGGAGAUCAAACAGAUCGCCUCUGAGUACGCUGAGAAGCAGUCCGAGCUGUCGUCAGAGGAACGUUCCGAGCGCUACGGCCCACUGCAGCAGCACCGCAGGGCGGUGGCCUCGCUCAACAAGCAGAUCCAGCAGAAGACUAAACAACUGGAGGAGCUACAAGCCAAGCAUGCAGAGGUGAAAACAGGCUGGGACGAUGCCAAGAGAAAUCUGACAGAGGCUACAGAGCAAUCCGAGAAACUGGAGAAAGAGCUGAAGGGUUUAGACGAGAUGGAGGAGCAGGCUGACAGCAGCUUGCUGGAGAAGCUGAAGGCUCUGGUGACGAUGAAUGAGAACCUGAAGCAGCAGGAGCAGGAGUUCCGCACACACUGUAGAGAAGAGAUGGACCGUCUACAGCAGAACAUUGAGGAGUUGAAGACGGCAUCAGGACAGGAUACGGAGGAGGAGAAGGAGAGGACAGAGCUGAUAGACAAACAGUACAACACAGACAGAGAGAAACUACAGAAGAUCCGUCUACUCAUGGCUCGGAGGAACCGUGAGAUCGCCAUCCUACAGAGGAAGAUCGACGAGGUGCCGAGCCGGGCCGAGCUGACCCAGUACCAGAAGAGAUUCAUUGAGCUCUACAGCCAGGUUUCUGCAACACAUAAAGAGACCAAGCAAUUCUUCACGCUGUAUAACACGUUAGACGACAAGAAGGUUUAUCUGGAGAAGGAGGUGAAUCUGCUGAAUUCCAUUCACGACAACUUCCACCAGGCCAUGUCGUCUUCAGCCGCCAAGGAGCAGUUCCUCAGACAGAUGGAGCAAAUCGUGGAGGGAAUCAAACAGAGUCGCAUCAAGAUGGAGAAGAAGAAGCAGGAAAACAAGAUGAGGAGAGAUCAGCUGAACGACGAGUACCUGGAGCUGCUCGACAAGCAGAGGCUUUACUUCAAGACUGUCAAGGACUUUAAAGAGGAGUGUCGGAAGAACGAGAUGCUGCUGUCCAAACUGAGAGCCAAAGGAGCGUCUUAGCCCCAGCAUGACUUUCUGUAAACUGAAAUAUCUAUCUGAGCUAAACUGAUCACAGACUAAUUGUUUUUUUUUUUUACAUUCCACACUUUGUUUCAUCUUUCUUCUUCAUGGCUGAUACGGUUGUGACUCUUCAUCCCUGUGAGAGGACUACUACACAUUCUCACUGUGCCAAAUCCAGCUGACUGAAAAACACAAUUGCCUUUAAUUGGUAGUGUCAGUAGAAGCUCUAAAGUGUUUCACAUAUUUGGGCAUAACCUCGGCCACAAUGAUCACAAAAAUAGCUUAAAUAUCAAAUCUAAUCAUAACUGGACUAACAUUUACUUUAGACAUUUCUAGCUGUACUAGGCAGCUGCGCUAGCUGUAACACAUCCAGCCAUGUCUUCAUGUUGAUCAUAAAGUGGUGGACAGAGAAGAUAACAGAGUGCCUGAAACUGUUGUGUGUUUACUGAUGUUACCUUGCAGGGUUUUGAGGAACUAAAGUCCUUAAAUUGAAUUAUUACACAGCUGUGUUGCAUACUCGAUUCUGAUUGGUCAAUCACGGCGUUCUGCGGUCUGUAAUUUCUCUAUAACAGACCGUUGCUAUGUAUAACAGACCGUUGCUAUGGGCGCAGCUCUGAUGUCGGACUCUGCCGGGCCGUUUCUGUGUCAUAUUAUUGAUUUCUUAAGUAAGUGGCCGUGUAAUAAGUGGGAUAAUGUAUCCCUUACUUAUGUAUGUGUGUCGGAUGUGUGAAGCUUCCUAGUGCAGCUUUAAACAUCGCUCUAUGUAUGUAAUGUUCUUUGCCAAUGAUGCUCUUCUCAUGUGCCUCUGAAGUUUGAAUUCACCUCCUGAUUCGCCUCACCAUCCGAUGACCAUGUACAACCAGUAUUUAAUAAAUGAAAGAAUCUUUCUAUUAAGGAUGUAAA